AUUUCUAACAAUGUCUUAAAAUAAAAGUAAGUUCAAUCACUUAAAUAGUUAUCUUGCUUGGCGACAGUGGAGUAGGCAAAACAACAAUUCUGCACAAGUAACUUUACUGAAUGAGAUCAAGCUUCUUAGAUAUGAAUUAAUAACCUGAAACCACAAUUGGAGUUUAGCAUCAUUCAUUUUCUAGAAAUAAUAUUAAAUUUUCAAUUUGGGAUACUGCUGGAUAAGAAAAAUAUAGAUCUAUUGUCUCAAGGUUUAUUUAUUAUUUAUAAUUGAAUAUAGCCAUUAUAAGAGAGCAAAAGCAGCUUUAUUAAUUUAUGAUUGUUCAAAUGAAGAAACUUUAUUACAUAUAGAUAAAUGGAUUGAAGAAUUAAUAUUCUAGGUUGGAACAAAAAUAAUUAUGGUUUUAAUAGGAGUAUAUUAACCAUUUUAACUUAUUAGAACAAAACAGACUUGCAAAAAGUUGAUUUUAAUGAAUCUGUUUAGAAUUUGUAGGAUAAAUAUGAAAUAACUUAUCAUAUAUAAACAAAUCAUAAUGAUCCUGAAUUCAAAGAUAAAAUGAAUUAAUUGUUCGAUUAAAUAAGUAUAAGUAAAAUUUUACAUUAUUUUUUAUGUUUGGGACUACUUGUUCAAAAUUAGCAAUAUUCCUCAACUAAAUAAAUAUUUGGAUAGAAAUAAGAUGUCAUACCAUUAAAAUCUUCUACACUUUUUAACAAUUAUUAAUCAGGUGAUGCUGAAAUAAUAUAAAUUGGGAAGGUGAAACCUUAAGAUGUUUAAGGAGGUGAUCUAAACGACAGAUAAUCUUGUGAUUGUUGA